AUGGAAGACGACCAGCAAUACCCCAUUCUCACGCCUUCGGGAUUGCCUCGCCAAAACAAACCCUCCAUUGCAGACGACGACGUCAUGGAGCUGCUAUGGCAAAACGGCCAGGUCGUGAUGCAGAGUCAGAACCACCGUUCUUUCCGAAAACCGACGCCGCCUAGAGACUCCAACGAUGCUUCUGCCGCCGGUCCUUCCACGGCCAGGGAGAUUCGACCGCAGCUCGAUAAUUUCAAUCAACAUCUCUUCAUGCAAGAAGGCGAAAUGGCUUCGUGGCUUCACUAUCCAAUCGACGACGACGUCGUACCUCCGUUGGAUCAGACUUUCUGCGCCGAUUUCCUCUACUCGCCGCCCACCAUUAACAACAGCAGCGCCAUCCAAACCCUCGCCCGUACGUCUCAACUGACGGAGCUCCGCCCGAUGUCCGCACCGCCUCGACCUCCGGUUCCACCACCGAGGCGAUCGGAACCGAAGACGCCGAACUUCGCGUACUUUGCAAGGCACAACACGAGAGCCGCCGAGCAGAGCGUGAAGCCCGCCGUGAGGGAAUCCACAGUGGUGGAUUCGUGCGACACGGCUCCGGCGGUUUCGAGAGUUUCGGAAACUGAGAGGAACGCGGCGGAACCGACGGAAGGAGACGCCGGUCCUCCGGUGCCUUCGACGAGUGCCGGUGGCGGAAGGAGCACUAUGAUGUGCGAAGUGACUAUGGCGUCGUCCCCGGGCUGUUCUACUAGCAGCGGUGAGCCGGUUCACGUGGCAGCGACGGCGGAGGAUAGGAAGCGGAAGGGUCGGGAUGCGGAGGAAUGGGAGUGUCAGAGCGAGGAUGUUGAUUUUGAAUCGGAAGCAAAGAAACAAGUUCGAGGAUCAACGUCGACAAAGAGAUCACGUGCUGCGGAGGUCCAUAAUCUCUCUGAGAGGCUUUCACUUGCCAUUUGCACACAGAGGCGUCGUGAUCGGAUUAAUGAAAAGAUGAGAGCUCUGCAAGAACUUAUACCUCGAUGUAACAAGUCGGACAAAGCUUCAAUGUUGGAUGAAGCAAUUUCGUACUUGAAGUCAUUGCAGUUACAAGUGCAGAUGAUGUCCAUGGGAUGUGGCAUGGUACCUAUGAUGUUUCCUGGAAUCCAACAGUACAUUCCAGCAAUGGGAAUGGGGGUUGGAAUGGGUAUGGGCAUGGGUAUGGAAAUGGGAAUGAACAGACCUGUAAUGCCAUUUCCCAAUAUGUUACCUGCUUCUGCUUUGCCAGGAGCAACUGCAGCUGCUCAUUUGGGACCAAGGCUUCCAAUGCCUCCUUUCCACAUGCCGCGUUUUCCUGCUCCUGAUUCAUCUACAAUGCAAGCACAAAAUCAGACAGAUAAUACUAUGGUCGCUGCUGGUCAACCUGAUCCGAAUCACUCACGUCUCCCAAACUUUACGGAUCCUUAUCAACAAUAUCUUGGUCCCCACCAGAUGCAGUUUCAAGUAAUCCAGAAUCAGGCAAUGAACCAACCAAAUGUUAACAAGCCCGGUACCAGUAGGGGCCAUGAGAAUCCGGAAAACCGUUAG